UGGGUAGCCGUGCCCGAGCGAGAGCGGUAGAGUCGUGUUCGGCGGAAGGCGGUAGGCUGACCCACCGCCUUAACAGCUGUUCUCUAUGAAGCCGGAAGCUCGUCGGCAUGCGCGGAAAAAGGCGCGUGGAGGCCGAGCGGCCGUUCGCUUUCGGCGUCGGAGAAAAGCGGCCGAGAUGUCUGUGCCCACCGCGUGCGCUCUGUCGCGGCAAGGACAGCAGGAGACGCCGCGGGGCAAGGCGAUGCGCGGGGACAGCCGGGAAAGCGAGGAAGACGAAGAACAGGCGGAGCCGCCCAGACGGGAUGGAGAAGCGGCGGCAGGGAACACCUGGUGCGAGCAGGACUCCCUGCCGCAGUUGGCGACCACGAAGUUGGACGGGAAAGAGGAGGAGAAGCAGGAACGGGAGCACUUCCGGAGAAUUAUCAAUGCCUUCCGUUACUAUGGAAUUAAUAUGCAUGAAAGAGUGACUCGUGCAGAAAGACAAUUUAGAACACUUCCAGCCUUGCAACAGAAAUUGUUACCUCAGUUUCUUCCUCAUCUUGACAAGAUUCGAAAAUGUGUUGACCACAAUCAAGGGAUCUUGCAGUCUAUUGUGAAUGACUGUACCCGAAUGUUUGAAAAUAGAGAAUACGAUGGUGAUGGAAAUGGAAAGAUUACACCAGCUUCAACUUUUGACAUGGAUAAAUUAAAAUCCACUCUGAAACAAUUUGUAAGAGAUUGGAGUGAAACUGGGAAACCUGAGAGAGAUUCUUGCUAUCAGCCUAUCAUUAAUGAAAUUGUAAGGAACUUUCCAAAAGACAGAUGGGAUCUCUCCAAAGUAAAUGUCCUGGUCCCUGGUGCUGGGCUAGGUAGAUUGGCCUGGGAAAUAGCUAUGCUUGGUUACACUUGCCAAGGAAAUGAAUGGAGCCUCUUUAUGCUCUUUUCUUCUAAUUUUGUAUUGAACAGAUGCUGUGAAACUAAUUCAUGUAAAUUAUAUCCCUGGAUUCAUCAGUUUAGCAAUAACAAGAGAUCUGCUGAUCAAAUACAGCCAAUUUAUUUCCCGGAUGUUGACCCUCACAGUCUUCCUCCUGGUGCCAACUUUUCUAUGACAGCAGGCGAUUUUCGAGAAAUCUACUCUGAGAGUAAUAUAUGGGACUGCAUAGCAACCUGUUUCUUCAUAGACACGGCACACAAUGUCAUUGAUUACAUUGAUACAAUAUGGAAAAUACUUAAACCGGGAGGAAUAUGGAUCAAUUUAGGUCCUCUUCUUUAUCAUUUUGAAAAUUUAGCAAAUGAAUUAUCUAUUGAAUUGAGCUAUGAGGAUAUAAAAAAUGUAAUAUUACAAUAUGGAUUCCAUAUUGAGAUGGAGAAUGAAUCUGUUUUGACAACAUACACUGUGAAUGAAUUAUCUAUGAUGAAAUACUAUUAUGAAUGUGUGAUGUUUGUGGUUAGGAAACCAGAAAGCAGUAUCUGAAACAGACUGUCCAAAAAGAAUAUUGCUGGCAUUUUUGAUAACAAUGUUAGCAGAACAUGAAGUGGCCUGUAAGGGAUGACUGGACCCAGCCUCUUAUUAGUGGUGCCUUUUUAUUCAUAACAGAAUAUAACAUUCUUUAUUUUCUACACUCCUUAAUGAUAUCCAAACAUGCAUUUCUGCAUUACUUACAUUUGGGUUAUUAAUGUGGAAUUCAAAUAUUUAUGUAUCUGCUCUUUCUGGUUUAUUUAAUUGGUAAUUUUGGAAAUAUUGAUAUUUUAAUACAUUAUCGACAUUCAUCAUUCUCUGUAAUAUACAGAAAUGUUUACUACAUUUGUAUGAAAGAAACACUACUGGAUACAAAACUGGUCCCCUCCCCACAGACAUAUUGUUUAGAAAACAAAUACAAAUUUCAAUUUUGAUCAGUAUUUUAGUGAAUUUUCUAAAAGGGUCCCCCCUCCCAUUGCAAAUACUGCAAGAAGCAUCAUGUGAAUGUGGCUGUUUACAUCUCAAAGCUUUAGAAAAAGUAAGAAAACUUUUGUAAAAAAAAAAAAAAAACCUCACAUUUGUCUUUAUAAGAAUUUUAUACACAAAAUUGACACAUAAAGCUUCAAUCAAUAUUGCUUUUGCUCAUACCAUGUUGAGCAUAUGGAUAAAUAGUUUGAAGCACUGAUAUAUGGAAACUGUUACUAUAAAUGUAUUACUUGUCUAAAUGAGACUGUAGAUAGGUUUGUAAUACUUUGUCACAAAUCCCAAAAUGAAGAUCUGGAAGUAUUCCUAAAAGAUGUCUGGCAUUGAUUCAUACUGUUGUUGCAGGCAUUAUUUUUUCAUAGAACAAGUUCAUACAAGGUAAAACCACUUUUUUUUUAAGGGCAGUGCUAUUGGUAAUUGUGUGAACUUACCCACAUUAUGAUAUACUGACACACAUACGCAAACAAACUGGAUAAUUGUUUUCAGAAAUGUACUAUCAUUUUCAUGAUGUAACUUGUUAGAAUCUCAUAAUUUUGCACUAAUUACCAUAUGAUCAGCUUUACUAGGCAUAACUUGAGCACCAGCUCUGUUUGGAUUUAUGCAUUACUCACUGCCAUGAAUUCUAGUUAUUUAAGUACAGUUUAUGAAAAAUUUCUGUAAAAUUAACUCUAGGUAAAUUUAUGGAAAUUAAUAUACCAUCUCUCAAAACCAAGUUAGGCAUUCUUCUAUACACCUCCUAUAUCAACUUAGCUUGCAAAUACAGUCCAAAUAUACUUCCAAGUGAAUUGAGCUAAGAAGAUAUAAUCUAGGGCAGGGGUAUCAAAUCCGCAUCAUCACAUCGUCAUCACAUGACAUAUUGGGACUUUUCCCCCCUUCGCUAAACUGGGCGGGGAUGGAGCCAGCGCGUGACACAUCUGGCCCAUGGGUCAUGAGUUUGACACCCCUGAUCUAGGGCACAUGACUGGCUUUUGAAAUACCAAAUAAUGCAAGAGAAUCUCUUAUGCUACUAAGGCCUAGUUAACUAUUAUGUGUCCUUUUUCAAGUUGAAAGGUUAAAGAAUAAUUUUGCUUCCUGCUGUACUUGAACUAGAAAUAGAAUAUAUUGCUCUAUGAGCAAUGUUGUUAGUUAUUUAAAC